GACUUCCUGUCCAGCCAGACAGGCGCAGAGUACUUCUUCCGCUCUCUCCCGCGGGGUUCUGGAGCGCGGUAGCCAUGUCUUACCCGGCUGAUGACUACGAGUCUGAGGCUGCAUAUGAUCCCUAUGCGUACCCGGGCGACUAUGAUAUGCACACAGGAGACCCGAAGCAGGACCUCGCCUACGAACGGCAGUAUGAGCAGCAGACCUACCAGGUGAUUCCUGAAGUGAUCAAAAACUUCAUCCAGUAUUUCCACAAGACUGUCUCAGAUUUGAUUGACCAGAAAGUAUAUGAGCUUCAGGCCAGUCGUGUCUCCAGUGAUGUCAUUGACCAGAAGGUGUAUGAGAUCCAGGACAUUUAUGAGAACAGCUGGACCAAGCUAACUGAAAGAUUCUUCAAGAAUACACCAUGGCCUGAGGCGGAAGCCAUCGCUCCCCAAGUUGGUAACGAUGCUGUAUUCCUAAUUUUGUACAAAGAAUUAUACUACAGGCAUAUAUAUGCCAAAGUCAGCGGGGGACCCUCUUUAGAGCAGAGGUUCGAAUCCUAUUACAACUACUGCAAUCUCUUCAACUACAUUCUCAAUGCUGAUGGACCUGCUCCCCUCGAACUUCCCAACCAGUGGCUCUGGGACAUCAUCGAUGAGUUCAUCUACCAGUUCCAGUCAUUUAGUCAGUACCGCUGCAAGACUGCCAAGAAGUCCGAGGAGGAGAUUGACUUCCUUAGAUCUAACCCUAAAAUCUGGAAUGUUCACAGUGUCCUUAAUGUACUACAUUCACUAGUAGACAAAUCCAACAUCAACCGGCAGCUGGAGGUCUACACGAGCGGAGGCGACCCUGAAAGUGUGGCUGGGGAGUAUGGACGACACUCCCUCUACAAGAUGCUGGGCUACUUCAGCCUGGUGGGGCUUCUGCGCCUGCAUUCCCUGUUAGGGGAUUACUACCAGGCUAUCAAGGUUCUGGAGAAUAUCGAGCUGAACAAGAAGAGCAUGUAUUCCCGUGUACCUGAGUGCCAGGUCACCACAUACUAUUAUGUUGGCUUUGCGUAUUUGAUGAUGCGUCGCUACCAGGAUGCUAUCCGGGUGUUUGCCAACAUCCUCCUGUACAUCCAGAGGACCAAGAGUAUGUUCCAGAGGACCACAUACAAGUAUGAAAUGAUUAACAAGCAGAACGAGCAGAUGCAUGCUCUGUUGGCCAUUGCCCUCACCAUGUACCCCAUGCGGAUUGAUGAGAGCAUCCACCUCCAGCUGCGGGAGAAAUACGGGGACAAGAUGCUGCGCAUGCAGAAGGGCGACCCCCAGGUCUAUGAGGAGCUUUUUAGCUAUGCCUGUCCCAAGUUCCUGUCACCUGUGGUGCCCAACUAUGACAAUGUGCAUCCUAACUACCACAAAGAGCCCUUCCUGCAGCAGCUGAAGGUGUUUUCUGACGAAGUGCAGCAGCAGGCCCAGCUCUCCACCAUCCGCAGCUUCCUCAAGCUCUACACCACCAUGCCUGUGGCCAAGCUGGCUGGUUUCCUGGACCUCACAGAACAGGAGUUCCGUAUCCAACUGCUUGUCUUCAAGCACAAGAUGAAGAACCUGGUGUGGACCAGUGGCAUUUCUGCCCUAGAUGGCGAGUUCCAGUCAGCCUCGGAGGUGGACUUCUAUAUUGAUAAGGACAUGAUCCAUAUUGCAGACACCAAGGUUGCCAGACGCUACGGGGAUUUCUUUAUCCGGCAGAUUCACAAAUUUGAAGAGCUUAAUCGAACCCUGAAGAAGAUGGGACAGAGGCCCUGAGGAUGCUCGUACGGGAGUCAAGAACCUGUUUGAUAAUAGAGAGGGAAGCACUCUUGUCACCGAGAAGCCUUACCUAAGUCAGCCAUCAGCUGAGUUGAAACGUGCUCAGAUUAAGGACUGGAUGUCUUAGGAGCUCCCAGUAAAGGAUCUUUGUUGGAGCUGCAUUUGUGCUCUCAUUUUUAUUUUGUGGUGCAUCAGACAGUGUGGAAGCUGAGUUCUUUCAUCCCUGUAUUCAUGACAUACUGUGUGCUCUAUAGGACGUCUG